AUGGGCAAGAUACAAGGAAAGGGUAUAGCAGGAGAAGUAUACGAAUGGUUAAAAGAUUACUUGACUGAUAGGCAACAAUUCAUAGAUCUAAAUGGUGUUUACUCAAGCUCACAAACUGUAAAAUAUGGGGUACCACAAGGAUCGCUAUUAGGACCGCGACUAUUCAAGAUAUACGUUGAUGAUCUUCCUGAUAAUGUAAGUGAAGGAUGGGUGUAUAUGUUUGCCGACGAUACUACUGGAUAUGACAUUGGAGAUAAUAUUGAUGUAGCGACAGAUAAAUUAAAUCAAAUGACUGGGGAAAUAUACGAAUGGUGUAGGAAAAAUAAGAUAACUGCACAUAUAGGCAAAACAGAAGCAAUGAUACUGUCACAACAGCCCUUUUAUGGUCCAGUAAAACCGAUAUGCUUUGGAGAUGAACAGAUAAAACUUGUAACAACAACACAGUCAUUGGGGGUAACAAUUGAUAAUAGACUGACGUGGAAGGAGCAACAUAAAAAGGUAAUAAAAUCAUUCAGCGCAAAACUAUCCCAAUUAAAAAGAAUGAAGUAUCUACCGAGAUAUGUACUGGAGGAAAUUUAUCACAAAGCAAUCAUACCAAACGUGACAUACGGCAUACUAGAUUGGGGAACAUGA